AUGUCUGAGAUUUGUGAAGAACUAAGUGGUGGAAAGUUUGCUAGUCCAGACAUUAGGUACGAGGCAGAAAGGGAUUUCGCGAGAGAGCGAAGACGAUAUACACUCGAGGAGAAAGUGAAGAGAACCCUGUCCAAGCCUUCACCUCCAAAUACACAUCAGAAGAAUAUCGUGAAGAAACUUCCAACCGGCUGGAAGUACUCUUGUAAUGCCCUCGAGGUUGGAACUAAAAUGAAAGUCCUAUGCGUCUACUACGAGUGA